AUGUUAAAUGAAUCAACGGCAAUCAUUCGUCUCCUAAAGGAGCUUCGCGAGGCGUUGGCGCAAUCUGCUGAGCAUGACAACCUCCAGCCUCUUGAUAAUCAAGAGCACAUGGGUCACCUUCCGUCCCGUCGUACUAGCACGGCCAACAUCUGGGCAUCUCAGCUUUCUUUGGCAAAGAAGGACUUGCAGAGCCGUCUCCUGCAAACGCGCUUGCAGCCACACGAGAUCUCUGAAUUGUUGAGGGUCUUCAGUGCACAUGCGGCGGACGCCAUCACCUCGCUCACAAUUGCAGACCAGGCUAUGUAUCGAGUCCUCUACCCGUCACCCGCUGCAUCGGCACGUUCGCCGCACGAGACGUCUCUUCGCUUUCUCUAUCAGCAGUGGCUCGAUCAAGAAGUAUCGACCAUCAUGGCGACAGUCCGUCAAAACAUGUGUACAAAGCCAUUCAGCCACAUCAGCUCAUCGCGCCGGCUGCAUGAGGAAUCUGCCAUUCAGAUUUUGGAGUACGCCUUCUCGCACUGCUCGGAGUCGGUCACUGCAGCGGAGAGGCAGUGGCUUGCAGAGAUCAUUGGGUGCCUGAACGAAAGACAAGUGAUGAUUUGGUUCCAAAAUCGCCGCCACCGUGGAGGUUCGCGGCGUUCUUCCAUUCACUCAACUCUUCGUUCAUUUAGCCCGUCCACAGAGGACGGUGACACCAGCAGCGAGCCUCAAUCCUCAGCUAUGUCUCCAAAGCUUUCAGCACCAAAUCAAGCCAUUGAAUCUACGACAGAUUCCCCAAUGACACGUCCGUCGGUUGCGCAAGAAGGGUUCGCUGAUCAAGAGUGGCUCACUGUACCAAUCUCAGUCCAUGGGGAUACACCAGGAGCUCCACUCGAGUUUGCAUUUUUUAUGGACGCUCUGGGUUUGCCCUCGUCUACCGAUGUACAAAUGCACGCCAAUUGA